UCUAUAUUCAGGGGAAAUGAUGUAGGUUUUGCAAUGGAACAGAUAUGGUUGCUGUUGCUUCUAACAAUAAGAGUACUUCCGGGGUCUGCUCAGUUCAAUGGCUACAACUGUGAUGCCAACCUCCACAGUAGAUUUCCUGCUGAAAGAGACAUCAGUGUCUACUGUGGGGUGCAGGCCAUUACAAUGAAGAUUAAUUUUUGCACAGUACUUUUCUCCGGUUAUUCUGAAACAGAUCUUGCCCUGAACGGAAGGCAUGGGGAUUCCCACUGCAGGGGGUUCAUCAAUAACAACACCUUUCCGGCUGUGGUUAUUUUCAUCAUCAAUCUCAGCACCUUGGAGGGCUGUGGCAAUAACUUAGUGGUAUCCACAGUUCCUGGAGUCAGUGCUUAUGGAAACACAACUUCAGUACAAAUAGGAAAUAUUUCAGGAUACAUUGAUACUCCAGAUCCACCAACAAUCAUCAGCUAUCUACCUGGGCUUCUUUACAAAUUUAGUUGUAGUUAUCCAUUGGAAUACCUGGUGAAUAAUACACAGCUUGCUUCGUCCUCAGCUGCUAUUUCUGUGAGAGAGAACAAUGGUACAUUUGUCAGCACUUUGAACCUGCUCCUUUAUAACGAGACAGUACCGCAGAUGUUCCAGGGAGGUGUCAUCUCAGUAUUUCUCCCAAGCCUAUGGAAUGUCUUAAUGGAUUAUUGCUACACAACCCCAUCAGGGAACCCAAAUGAUGAUAUUCGGUAUGAUCUCUUCCUUAGCUGUGACAAAGAUCCACAGACCACGGUCAUUGAAAAUGGUAGAAGCCAGCAGGGCCGGUUCUCCUUUGAAGUGUUCCGAUUUGUGAAACACAAGAAUCAGAAAAUGUCCACCGUCUUCCUGCACUGCGUUACCAAGCUCUGCAGAGCUGAUGACUGCCCCUUCCUUAUGCCAAGUUGCAGCCACAGAGAAAGGAGAGAUGCAGGGAGGAGGACCACUUGGAGCCCCCAGAGCACUUCUGGAAAUGCCAUCCUCUCUGCGGGGCCCAUCAUCACGCGGAGCGAUGAGACUCCAACCAACAAUUCACAGCUUGGUUCUCCAAAUGCACCUCCUUUCCAGCUGAAUGCCGUCACCAGUGCACUGAUAUCAGGAAUGGUCAUUCUGGGCGUCAUGAGCUUUUCCCUACUCCUGUGCUCACUGGCCCUUCUACACAAGAAAGCACCCAAUAGUUUGGUGUUGAAUGGCAUAAGAAACCCAGUCUUUGACUGACUGUAAUAGGUUCUUGCUCUGGAGAGAAGGCUCACUGUGAGACCGCAGUCAGUGUCCCAUCUGAAAUGAAUGUGAGCCAGCACUUGAUAUUUGUAGGUUUGGUAGAAUUCACAGUGUAGCUCUUCAGCGUGAUGCUAGUGAAAGAAUUUUGAUAAUAUUGCUGUUGUCUCUUAUGGAUGUGGUCAGCCAUAUUUGUAUGGCACCAAUGAUUAUACUGACAACAAGCAAAUAAUAUUCAGGAUUUAUAUCUUACAGGAUAAGUCAUAUUUUAUUUUAUUUCAAUUUUGAUUAUUGGUUAUAGAGAUAAAAGAUUGGAAUAGAAGGGGAAAAAAGGAAUUUUUUUUUAACAUUUUGCCCCAUAAGCAUUAAAACCCCAUGCACUGGCAUUUAGAUUUACAGUCCUGAAAUGAAAAUUGUUUUUGUUUUAUUCCAGAUUAUUUCAGCUUGGGGAUAUACUUUCAUUGGAUUGGCCAAUUUAGAUACCUGAGA